CGACAAUAGCAACCACCGUUUUGGAUUGUGUGGGAGCCCCGCAGGAGACUAUCACCAUUCUCUUCUGAAACACGGUGCCAGGUUCACAAUGGCGCACGUAUUCCACGCCAUCUGUGGCAUGAGAUCUGGCCCCAGGCUGCUCAAGCUUGCACUUGACAAUGGAACGGACAUUCGUGCGAUGGACCCUCUGUAUGAUGCUGUAAAAUGCAGAAACCCCAAUGUGCUCAAGAUGGUCCUAACAUCAAUACCGAAGCUCCUCCAUACCCAGGGGUCCGAGACGGCAUUGAGUACAGCCGUGCUGCAUUGCCGACCUCAAAACGCAAUGGUACUGCUCCGCAAGGGAAUCCGGAUUUCACCUCCGGUCGGGAUGUAUGCGCAGAGUGCCUUACAGCGAGCAGUCGAAAGAGGGUUUUUCAAGGUUGUGGAUGCGAUUCUUUCCCGGCCAGAGCUGGGAUCCGCGGGAUGGACGGCAGAGUUGAUGAAAUGUAUCAUCGUGGCGAAGGAGAGAAAAUAUUGGAAGGUUAUGGGCUCGUUGCUGAGAUGCUACCGUCGCAGCGGUGGGAAAUCACUCCCCGAUUGUCUCAAGGGACACAAACAGGAGGUGGGGAGGCUGUUGAAGCACUUCGAAGACAUCUCUGCGCCGCUGCGGUGAUCCAGUCGGUGGGUCUACUUUAAUC